AUGCAAGCCAUCCGUCUACAUCCAGCACCCUCCCUCUCAACCCGUUACUCCCCCGCCAACCCCGCGCCUUCCAGCGCCCUCCACCUCGACCGGGGUGUCCCAAUCCCCAAACCCUCCCAACCAGGCGACGUCUUAGUCCGCGUGAAAGCAACAACCGUGAUUCGGGACAUGUUAACAUGGCCCGAAACCUACCACCGAACCUACCAUAUCUUAGGCCACGAUUUUGCCGGUGUAGUUGCGGAUAUCUUUUCCGGCGCUGAUGAUGAUGGUGAUGACUCGUCUACCACUACAGCCCCGAACCUCAAAGUAGGCGACGAAGUCUUCGGGAUGUCGCAUGCAAACCGCGCCUCGGCUUGGGCGGAGUACGUGCUUGUUACUGUGGAUGAAGUGGUCCGCAAACCAAGCUGCUUAGCCUGGGAGGACGCUGCUGCGUUGCCGCUUAGUGCGCAGACGGCAUACGAGGCAUUGUUUGUCCAUGCGGGGUUGACGCCUCUUUUUACUCAAGAGAAGAGAGAUUCUACGAAGCGGGUCCUCAUCACCGGUGCGGCGGGGAGCGUGGGCGUUUACCUCGUGCAACUGGCUGCGGCUGCAGGUCAGUACGUCGUAGCAGCGACGAGCUCCAAUGCCCGGAAUGCAGAGUUUCUGCGCGAGCUAUGUGCGAACGAAAUGAUUGAAUAUAGCGCGUUUAUGGAAAUGAAGAAGCAGAGCUUUGAUAUUAUUAUUGAUUGUGUUGGUGGGGACGUUCUGGCUGGGUGCUGGGAAUUUGUUGUGUCCGGCGGGUCGCUGAUCACGGUUGAUUCGUCGAGUUUUGAUUUCGUGGAGGAGAAUCGAAAGCGUGGGGCUAGCAGGGAGGAUAUAAAGACCUUGUUCUUUAUUAUUGAGGGGAGUGCUACAGCCUUGCGGACUCUGUCUGGUCUGGUGGAGAGGGGUGCGUUGCGGUCUUUUGUUGCGAGGAGUUUUCCGCUGGAGAAAAUCCAAGAGGCUUAUGAUUAUGCUAAUGGGAGGUAUGACGGUCGGGGGAAGAUUGUGCUUACAGUUUAA